AAGACAUGCGCUGGGAUGUAUCCGAUUGCUCAAAGAACAUGGGCUCUUGCUGAACUAAGCAGCCGAUUUCCCCUCCAUCGAUCCCCUCGGACGACGUGUUUUGUAACUGAAUUUCAUCUAAACAUGUGACCUUCCUAACAUCGCCUGGCGAACUACGGCCCGUUCUCAUACUCGAUCGUCGCCGGUAUUGUUCAAAGUUGUUUUACUUCAUCCAGCCGUCUGCUAUCUUUGCCAUCGGACUCUAGCAUCUCGGCGUCAUCGCUUAUCACUCAAAGUCAAACAGAGUUUCGCCCCCGCACACAGGAACCAUGAGCAGCAGCCCGAUAACACAGCCGCCCGUGGCUCCGGGAACGACAGCUACCAGGGGAGAUGACGAAAGCGACGCCGCGUUUGAGAGCUCCCAUGAAAGCCCACCCGGGAAUGCGGAAAGUGGUGGAUCUUAUGCAGAGCACCAGGACCAAGGGGACUCGGACGACGACGGAUAUGUGUAUCACCCGGCGCAGGAACAUGCAGACGUAACGGGGAACGACGACGACGAUGAAGAGGAGGAUUACGAUGAUGAGGACGAACACGAUGACGAAGACGAUGAAGACGACCAGGACUAUUUCGAUGGUAGUGGUGGUCUUGAGUUUGAGUUGGUUAUUGACGAACUAGCACCGGGCGCCCAUGAUGAUGAAGAUGACGACGAUGAUGAUCCCAAUGAGCCUGGAAAUGCACUUCAGAGGAGGAUCCUUCAGAUAAUACGUGGAGGCGGCGGUCGUGCUCACCUAGGUUCGCAGCAACUGUUGGCGCUAAUCCAAGGUCAUAACGUGGAUGACAUUGACGACGAUGACGACUAUUGGGAACCACCUAGACGGAUGAGGCCAGGUUAUGUCCCUGCCUUCCCCAAAGUGCCCAGCGAGCAAGGUCGGAAGCUCAUGGAAUCCGGUGUUUUCGGUGCCUUCGAUCUCAGAGAGCCUGAUAGCAAGAAGAAAAGGCUUACUCGUCGAUUACUGGAUCGGGAGCUAGGCCUGGGCGAUAGGACAGAGCAAAAGACCAACCUGGCUCUUAUGGCUCAACAGAUGAUUCCCUCAUCGAAGCCGGAGAUGGUCAUUCACUACGACGAUCCUGUGUGCUGCGGCCAGUUCUCCGAUGACGGCAACUUCUUCUACGCCUGUGGCAAGGACUUCAAAGUACGCAUGUACGACACUUCCAACCCUUACAACUGGACGCACUACAAGACUGUCCGAUACCCCUUUGGUCAAUGGACUCUCACGGAUGCAGACCUCAGUCCAGACAACAAGUGGCUUGCCUAUACAUCUCUAACAAGCCAAGUUUGCUUCGCCCCUACGGAUCCCAAUGACACAGGUGACCCUUAUACGCUUGAUCUUGCUGGAGGAAUGGUACGUCAAGGCUGGCGAGAUGCGUUUCCUAUCUUCUCCAUCCGUUUCUCAGGCGACGGACGAACACUUGUGGCCGGCACAGGUGCCGACUCGAUAGUCGUUUACGACAUAGAGCGCCGAGAGCCUCUUUACAACGUGGAGGGCCACGAUAACGACGUGAACGCCGUUUGCUUCGCCGACAAGCAAUCCCCACACAUUCUCUACUCCGGAUCGGACGACUGCACCAUCAAAGUAUGGGACACCCGAAGCAUGUCUUCACGUCGUGAAGCGGGCGCCUUCGUCGGCCACAUGGAAGGCCUAACAUACAUCGACAGCAAGGGCGAUGGACGCUACAUCCUCAGCAACGGCAAGGACCAGUCCAUGAAGCUGUGGGAUCUUCGCAUGGCCAUGUCCACAGCCGACGUGGAAAGGCUUGACGCCACCAAACCCACCGCCAGACGCCGCUACCAGUACGAUUACCGCUUUGCAGAAUAUCACGAUUACAUGUGGCAGCCGCACCCGCAUGAUAACUCGCUGGUCACGUUCAGGGGUCACAAAGUGCAGAGGACACUGAUCCGGUGCCACUUCUCGCCUCCUGGUAGCACUAACUCGCGCUAUGUCUACUCGGGCUCGUACGAUGGGUUUGUUUAUGUCUGGAACCUGGAUGCAACUAUUGCCGCGAAGAUCGACGUCAAGAGCGUGACUGAGGGGCUGAGGAUACCUGGGUAUACUCCGGCGGCGAGAAGGAGAGAGUGGAUGACGCUGGUCAGAGAUGUGGGCUGGCAUCCUAAUGCGCCAUUGCUUGUUGCGUCGUCAUGGAAUGGACCGACUAUGAAUGCUGGAACGGCGACCUUGCACUCUUACAACGAGAAUGAUGUAGAUGAAGCCGAGCCGGGGAUGGGUUUAUCGGUCAACGAGAAGAUACAACCGGACGAGGGCCUCUUUAACUGGCGUGGGUUGAGAGGGUUUAUGGAUGAUGACGAUGAUGACUUCUUCUGAUUAAGACUGGGACUUGGGCGUUGGGGGUCAUCAUGUACAACACUUUGCCUAUUUUCGAAAUGAAACAGGACCCAGGGUACCAGGUAAUUGGGCUGAUGGAAUCCUAGGCAGUAUUUACAGACAGACAAAGAUGAGCUAUCGUCCUGAAAGAGCUCUCCCGAGUGUAUUCACCAUGGUAUCGACAAGGAAUAUCCUAAGCAAACCCUAACCCAUAUUUCUCACACCUGCCAGGUGGUUGUCG